CAAAAGAAUUACUAUUCAACAACAAUUAUUUUGAUUGAUAAACUGGACGAGGAGAGAGAACGAAAUCUGAAGGUCAAAUGUACCGGCUUUCUAGGUAUUUUCAAUACAAAAUCUUGCCAAUAAUGUACUUCAAAAGCUGAGGACAAUACAAUUUGCUUGAACCAGAAUUUCCAAAGACAUCAGAUAUCGAAUUCGAGGAGCACCACAAAAUUCCAUCUCCUGCCACCGACUCAUCACGCUCCGGCAGAUUGGCCAAUUGAGGCUGGGAGAGAUGCUACAACCAAGGUUACUGCUGAGGCAGUCCCGGACAGCUUCUUGCAAGUUUGUCUCGAAGAGAAGCUCUCUUCCUCGUCACUAUGCAACAAUCGUCGAGCCUGUCCGGGCAGCACCUCCAACAGGAGCAGCAGCAACAUCUGGCUUCGCACCGCCUGCAACAUUGGAUGAGGGAAAUGCCACCUUUAUGAUGCGAACAUACAAGCCACGAACUCCCGGUGUACGACAUCUCAAACGACCGAUCAAUGACCAUCUUUGGAAAGGAAGACCAUUUCUUCCCUUGACAUUCGCAAAGAAGGGUCAUGGAAAGGGAGGAAGAAACAAUAGCGGUCGAGUCACGAUAAGACAUCGAGGAGGUGGACACAAGAGGAGAAUAAGGACUGUAGAUUUCCUGCGUAUGGCACCUGGAAAGCACACCGUUGAGCGAAUUGAGCAUGACCCAGGACGAAGCGCACACAUUGCAUUGCUCAACGAAGAAGCUACAGGGAGAAAAAGCUAUAUAGUGGCCGCAGAGGGCAUGCGAGCAGGAGAUGUCGUUCAGAGCUAUCGAGCUGGCAUACCCCGAGAUCUGCUGGAAAGUAUGGGUGGAGUGGUCGAUCCGGGUGUGUUAGCAGCAAAGACUGCUUGGCGUGGGAAUUGUCUGCCGCUUCACAUGAUUCCUAUUGGAACCAUCAUUUACAAUGUUGGUUCCACGAAGGGAAAGGGAGCUGUCUUCUGUAGAAGCGCAGGUACAUAUGCCACUGUUGUAUCGAAGGACGACGAGACGACUCAGGGUGGGAACAAGUAUGUCAAUGUACGGCUUCAGAGCGGCGAGAUUCGGAAAGUGAGCAAAGAUGCAUGUGCUACCAUCGGAGUGGCUAGCAACCCUCACUACCAGCAUCGACAACUGGGUAAGGCGGGACGUAGUCGAUGGUUGAAUAUUCGCCCCACAGUUCGAGGUCUUGCAAUGAAUGCUGCUGAUCAUCCGCACGGUGGUGGAAGAGGAAAGUCCAAGGGUAACGUUAACCCUGUCAGCCCGUGGGGUAUGCCGGCCAAAGGAGGUUAUAAGACUCGCAAGGUCAGGAAGCCCAAUAAGUGGGUUGUAACAGCGCGAGAGAGGAAUCACGGAAAGCGCAGAGUCAAGUAGACAAAGGAGCGCAUGCAGGAAACAGCUAGAGGUGAUCUACAUC